AUGUACUCGUACAUGCAACACCUCACCUGCACAAGUAACAAUCCAUACUUGCACAAGAAACAGUUCAUACUUACACAAGAUGCAGUCAAUAACUGCACAAAGAACAAUCUACAGCUGUACAAAAAGCAAUCCAUACCUGCACAAGAAGUAGUCUGUGCCUACACAACAAGCAAUCCUUGCACGAAGUUCAUAUCUGCACAAGAAGCAGUCAACAUCUGCAAAAUAAGCAGUUUAUAUCUGAACAAGAAGCAGUCUAUACCUGCACAAGAAGCAUUCCAUGUCUCCAUAUCAUAUGCCUGCACAAAAAGCAGUUAA